UACCUAGAAAGCAGUGAGGCAUACAGUGGGCGCCUCAUCAAUGCACGUUGAGUUGACCCGAGUCCUGGACACAGACAGGCUGCCCCCGGUGUCACUGUGGGCAUUUCCCAGGCAGAGGCAGGUCUGGGGGGGGGGGGGAAGGGCCCCCCCCCCCCCCCCGCCAUGGCUGACUUUUCCUUUCCAUCAGGGGCCUGGGUGCGAGCCAGAGCGGGGAGCAGGAAGGAGCGCAGCAUGGGCCCCCCAGGAAUCAGUGACGUUCGAGGAUGUGGCCCUGGACUUCUCCUGGGAGGAGUGGGGCUACCUGGACACUUCCCAGAAGGAGGUUUAUUGGGAGGUGAUGCUGGAGAACUACAGGAACCUGGUCAGCCUGGGCCUUGCAGAUUCCAACCUGGAUGUGAUCUCUCAGCUAGAGUCACGGGAAGCACAUGGGAUUCCAAUGGAUAGUGUCCUAAGAACCUGCUGGCCAGAUUGGGAUGCCAGGCCUCAUACCAAGGAGUCAGCUUCAAAGAUGAAUGUUUCUUUGGAAGACUUAUCCCAGCCAAGGUUCUUGUGGGAUGAUUCGUGCAUCUUCAAGAUAGGAAAAGCCUGGGAAUAUUAUGGCAGGUUAAAGACAGAGCAGAGCAAUGAGGAGAAAUGUUCUAGACAAGGAAAAGUAAACCACACAGAAACUAUCCAUGAAGUCAGAGGCUCUGAAUAUAGUAAAUAUAGCCAAACCUCUAGCCCAGGGCUAGUCAGUUUUCUACAACAAGGAAUAUCUGUAGUAAUAGAACUCCAGAAGAGUGAUAUUCAGAGAAAGACCUUCACCAUGUAUUCAGACCAAAGUCAGUGUAAUCAAAUCUGUUCGCCGAAGAAGUAUUCUGAUGUUAACAAAUGUGAGAAAACCUUCAGUUAUGAUUUUGACUGUAUUAGAAAAUAUGGAAUUCAUAUUGAAGGGAAACAUCAUGAAAGUGAGAAUUCUUUCCUCCUGAAAAAUGAACUUGCUCUACACCAGAGAACUGAUACAGGAAAAAAGGGUUCUGAGUUGACUAAAUGUGGGAAUACAGAUCUCAAUCAACAUUCUACUAUUCAAGAUAAAAAGAAAUUUUAUAAAUGCAGUGAAUGUGGAAAGGGCUUCCAGCAUAAGGUAAGUCUUACACGACACUACAGAAUUCAUACUGCAGAGAAACCUUUUGAAUGCAAUGAAUGUGGAAAGGCCUUCCACCAAAAGAUAGAUCUUAUAAGACAUUGUAGGAUUCAUACUGGAGAGAAACCUUUUAAAUGCAGUGAUUGUGGGAAAGCCUUUUCCUGGAGCACAGCACUGACUCGGCAUCAGAGAACUCAUAGUGGAGAGAAACCCUAUGAAUGCAACAAAUGUGGGAAGACAUUCCAAUCAAACUCUAGCCUUUCUAAGCACCAUAGAACUCAUACAGGAAUAAAACCUCAUGAAUGCAGUGUAUGUGGGAAGGCAUUCUCUCAGAAGUUCAUUCUCAUUCAUCACAGUAUCAUUCAUAGUGGAGAGAAAGCUUAUGAAUGCAGUGUAUGUGGAAAGGCAUUCUCUAGGAAGUCUGGUCUUACAAAACACAGUAGUAUUCACACUGGAGAGAAACCCUAUGAAUGCAUUGCAUGUGGAAAGAUCUUUCGCCAGAAGUCAGAUCUUACACAACACUAUAGCAUUCAUACUGGAGAGAAACCUUUUAAAUGCAGUCAUUGUGGGAAAGCCUUUCCCAGGAGCACAACACUUACUCGACAUCGGAGAGCUCAUACUGGAGAGAAAUCCUAUGAGUGCAAUGAAUGUGGAAAGGCCUUCCACCAGAAAGCAGCUCUUUCAUCACAUAAAAGAAUACAUAUUAGAGAGAAAUCUUAGGAAUGUAAUGAAUGUGGGAAGGCAUUCCCCCAGAUCACGGCAUUUGCUCAACCUUAUAGAAGUUAUGAUGGAGAGAAACCUUAUUAAUAAACUCAUGGAAGCCAUACUUUUGUCUGGAAGAUACUCCUUGACAAAUUUACUUAUUAUUGGAGAGGAACCAUAAAAAUAUAGUUUAUGUGGAAAGCC